GCACUUACGCGAGUCGUGUAUCGAUACAUAUAAAUCGCGCGUUGUUCCGUGUGCGGAUCGCUUACGCGACGUAACGUUUGUUGUUUGUUUUUUCUCCGUCGUCGCUCGAUUACAUACAGUUAGCGGGUGCACGUAUAUAAACGAUUAAAAUCGUCGUCGCGCUAAAAACAAACAAGUGCGGCCGCGCGCGCGCGCGCGACAAAAAAGUAAAGGCAAACAAUAAUUGGAGCAUCCGCGGGCGUAAUUGCGGAUCCCUUGAUAAAGGCGAGAGAGCUGUAUCAUGCUUAUGGUUUGAAUGUGUCAUACGCACAAGUAGUAGUAGGUAAUACGCAAAAUAAUACAACGCAUCUGAUCUGACGCACAGUUGUGAUUAAAAUCAUCCCGAGUAGAAGACCAAGACGACGGUGAUGCACAUCAUCAUCAUCAUCGCGGACAUCGUCAGUGAGUGAUAAAGCAAGCAGAGAACAGUGGUACAGCAGCACAUAUACAGCAGCAGAGGAGAGUGAAUCGUGCGCGAGAGAGUAGUGUUGUUUCGUCGUCGUCUUUGACGGCUAAUUAGCGAGUGUAUAUUGCAAGGGGCGGCGCCCGAGUACAACAGCAACAGCACACUGGGCCGAGAGAGAGAGAGAGUGAGAGAGGAGAAUAAUAAAAAUCAUAUCGACACAUUCGGAGUCCGGAAUUACAUGUACGACGACGACAGCGCGAUACAGCGUACAAUAAUAUUACGUAUCUACCGAGUCAGCAGCAGCAAGUUCCUCUCAACGCGGCGAUCGACCUGCAGGUUUUUUGGUGGCUGAGAACUCGAGCAUGUUUGCUUGAAUGUCAGCUGUUGCCUGCUGUUUGUUUGGGAUAUAAUAACACGUAAACGCGUACAACACGACGGUGUACAAUACGGCGCGUCAUGGAUGGACGCCAGGUACGAGCUCUCUAUGACUUUUCUGGCGAGCCAGGUUCGGCCGAGUUGUCGAUAAACGCUGGCGAGAUUCUCACCGUUAUUAGAGACAACGUCGGCGAUGGCUGGUGCGAAGGAUACAAUCAGUCCAGACAGUCCGGAUUGUUUCCAGCUGCUUAUGUCAGCGACAUAGAGGAGACUUCGAACUCGACGCCAGCAGCUAAUGCAGCAAAUACAGCUAACACUGCUGCUAAUCAACAGUCACAUCAACAAACAUAUGCGACAGGUGAUUACUGGGAUGAUGACUGGGACGAUGAUUCAGAAAUUGGACAAACUCAAGCUUAUGUUCCUCCGGUUCAGCAACAACCUAGUGUGCAAUCAACUCACACAACAAGUAGUGCGGAGUAUGGCGAUAACUUGUCCAUGCAUACUGUGCACUCGGUGAUAGACAAAGCUGUGCCUAAUGUACCAAAGAAAAAUAAUAAAUUUAGUGCCCUGGUCAAAUCAGGAGAAGAAGGUUUUCUAUUAAGUUCUAAAUUAGUUAUUGUACCAGAGUUGGAAAAAGUGUAUAUAGAAGAAGUUGAAAGUGGGAGAUUUGCAUGGGCUUCAACCGGUGAAUCAUACAGCUGUGUUGUCACUUCACCCAAAAAAGAAUCUAAGUUGAAAGGCUUGAAGAGUUUCAUUGUUUAUCAACUCACGCCUACGUUCAACAACAUUCAAGUUUCUCGAAGGUACAAGCACUUUGACUGGUUACACGAACGGUUGGAGGAAAAAUUCUGCUUCAUUCCCAUUCCACCAUUGCCAGAUAAGCAAAUUUCAGGCCGUUACGAAGAGCAAUUUAUCGAGCAUCGACGCACGCAACUUCAAGAAUUCGUCGAUUACGUAUGUCGGCAUCCGGUAUUAUCGAGAAGUCGCGUAUGGCAACAUUUUAUCACGUGCACCGAUGAAAAACGCUGGAAAGCGGGAAAACGACAGGCAGAAAAAGACGAGCUAUUAGGUGCUACGUAUUUCCACGCAGUGCAAUGUCCUGACACACCUUUGGACGCUAUUAAAAUCGAAUUUCAAACGGAUGCAUUUGCUAGGUUCAUACAAGGUCUCGAUCCGGUGGUUAAAAAUUUCAUGGCAACAGCAACAGAUCAAGCGAAAAAGCAUCAAGUUUUGUACAAACGAGAAUUUCAAAAAAUUGGUCAAUGUUUUACGGCUCUUGGCCAAGCUCUUGAGGUUGACGACGGGGGAAGACUGCGCGGGGGUCGACUAAAUCAAGCUUUAAAAGAUACAGGCGAGGCGUAUAACGAAAUCGGCAGACUUUACGAAGAGCAACCUAAGUAUGAUUGGGAGCCAUUGGCUGACAAAUUUCAUAUAUACCGAGGAAUUAUUAGCAGUUUUCCUGAUGUCGUUGGUAUACAUAAGAAUGCAGUUCAAAAGCGUAAAGAUUGCGAGAGGCUGGUAAGCGAGCAUAAAAUGGAAGCAUCUCAACUUCGUGAACUAAAUCAUCGUACGGACAUUAUAGCUCGUGCAUUGGGUGCCGAAGAGUCUCACUUCCAAACCGAGCGUGAAAUACACAUAAAUCAGACAAUCAAGAAUCAUCUCGUGGAACAGAUCAAUUUCUAUCAAAAGAUCGUCAAUAAGCUGCAAGAAGCUUUGAACUCUUUUGAGUGAUGGUAUGAAUGCGGCAUCAAAGACUUUUAUGUUCAUAUAUGUAGAUUGCACAACUGUUCACGUCGUAUAAAAUGCAUAAGAAUAGAAAUAACACACGAAACGAUGUUCUAAUUCUUCCUGGUACGUUUUAUGUUCGUUUUACGUGGGUGAAAACUGCUUAUGUACCCUAGAUUUUUUUUCACAAACUUGAAAUCUUACCGUUUAUGGAUAUACUUAUCAGUCACGAUGAUAACGAUUUUAAUUGUGCUUUAAAUUUUAAAAAUUUAGUUGCCGAGCGCUCGAUACAUAGUCGAACUACCGAAAAUUGACAAUUUUCAAGAAAUCAGCGUGGAAUCUUCAUAGAGCUAGGCGUAAAGAGAUGUAAAAUGUCGUAAUUUUAUAUGUUUUUUUUUGCGUGCAAAACAAUUUUAAUCUUUACACAAUAGCUUGUUGAAAAACAAUUGUUUAUGUCUAUAAUUGAAUAUAUAUUUAUGUCUGUUGAAAAUGUUUGUCAGAACACGAUGUGUAAUGUAAAGAUAAGUAGUAUGGUAAAAAGUUGCAGUAUUUUUGCUUCACUUUUUUACUCAUCCACACGUUUUAUAAAAAAACUCACCUUUUUGAGCUUAUAUAAUGUAUAUAGAUACAUAUAUAUAUAUAUUUAUACGUGAAUGUUUGAAUAACGCUAAAUUGUUAAUGGGACUUGCCUUAAUUUUUCUUUAUCUUUUUAAAAAAAGUAUUUUAUAUAAAAAAGAUUUAUUCGCGUUAAUUAUAAUGGUAUAUUACACAUUAAUCAACUAAUAUUGUAUUAUAUCUAAAAUUUUGCAAUGUUUUCUACAUGUGAAAUGAAAACUAUGAAAUAUUAAGUAUAGAAUAAUUUUUACCGAUCGCAUUGCACAUUGCAUUUUUAUCCACGCGAAUUUAAACAUAAACAAAGAUUGUAAUUAUGACGUUCAAAGCGAUCUGCGUCGAUCGUAAAUAAAUAUUGUGUAUAUUUGCUUUUAUAAAUCAUGCGUAUAUUGAUGUCAAGGAGUUUUUUCAAAGAUCAAUUUUUUUAUAAAUCAUGAGUUUUCUAUUUUAGAUUUUUAUGACUACUAAAACUUAUUUUAUUGUCGAUUACAUACACCGUAUAAACUUUACAAUCAAAAUUUUACUAUCAAACCUGGGUACGUUAGUCAUUAUUCGCUGUAGUUCGUUCAAUUUUGUAAAAUAUCCUUAAAACAAAUGUGAUCGUAUUUGUAUCCUCAACAAUGUAUUGCUACACGAAUCAAAUCUUUGAUAUCCACGUUUGUAAUGCUGAAGACAAUGUAAAUCACAAAAACGAUUAUUAAUAUUAAAUCAUUAAUGCUCUGCUACUGAGUUUAAAAAACAAA